AAAUAUCUUGGGCCACAAAAGAUCGGUGGGAGGGGUGGCGUGACGAUUCGUUGUUCACGCCGUCCAAACCUCCUUUCACCUCUGCCACCCCACGCGUAAUCGAUAACACCCUCUCCUUCCCUUAUAUUUUCUAUCUUUCAUGCCUUCCCUCCUCACAACAUUUCUUCCACAACAACAAUAACAAAAAACAUCUCUCUCUCUCUCUCUCUCUCUCUCUCUCUCUCUCUCUCUCAAACAGAUAAUACAAAAAGAAAAACUGCCCAACAUCUCAAAACCUACGUAGAUCACCAUAGAAAAGAACGCAACCGAGAUACUCUGAAGGAUAUCUGCUUCAAGCCUACCGAAGAAUCACGGACCAAUGGAAGUGGAGUCAUGUGUCCCACCUGGAUUUAGAUUCCAUCCAACAGAAGAAGAGCUUGUGGGUUAUUACCUAACCAGGAAAGUUGCUUCUCAAAAGAUUGAUUUAGGGGUCAUCACAGACGUUGAUCUCUACAGAAUAGAGCCAUGGGAUCUCCAAGAAAGAUGCAAGCUUGGUUAUGAAGAGCAAAGUGAAUGGUACUUCUUCAGUCACAAAGAUAAGAAGUAUCCGACCGGAACUCGAACAAAUAGAGCUACUGCAGCUGGAUUUUGGAAGGCGACGGGCCGCGAUAAGGCAGUGAUUUCAAAGAUGAAAAUAAUAGGAAUGAGGAAGACAUUGGUGUUCUAUAAGGGACGCGCACCCAAUGGAAGAAAAACCGAUUGGAUCAUGCACGAAUACCGUCUCCAGACGACCGAACAUGCGCCCCCACAGGAUGAAGGAUGGGUGGUGUGCCGUGCAUUCAAGAAGCAAAGUCCUAAUCAAAGGCGGACCUUCGACGGUUGGAAUCCUGCUUACUAUAUUAGAGAUCCCAACCACGCCGGGUUUCAACCACUUACAGACACAUUCAGCCCUUCACAAUUUGUGGACAGUUAUCAUGGUGCCCAUUCCCAUGAACAAUCCUACUGUGGUGACCAAGAUCUCCAAUUGAAGCCAAAUUACUCGAGUCAACUCAUCGAACUUCCACAGCUAGAAAGCCCUUCUCUGUCCACCUGUCUAGCCAAUAAAGAAGGCUUUGAAGCUAGCAUUCCGACCAACGGUGAUCAAUGCAACAACAAAGAUGAUUAUGGACCGCAGUUCAUUGAUUGGAAAGCGCUUGACAAACUACUUGCGUCGCAACUAAAUGAUGUGUCAUCAUGUCCCAGCUCAAAUGUGCCACUUAUCCCCUUUGAUCAUUACGAGCCCGAUGCUAUAAACCAUGGAAACCACUUUGUCUCUUCAUUUCCCAAUUCGUAAUUAUCAUCGAUAUAAAAGAUAACGGUCUGAUUUUUCGGAGACUCGUUGAAUUGCAAGUGUUUAGAAUUUUCAAAUAAUACAUAAGAAGUAUAUUAGAGGCAAAGCUAAUUCUCUUGGUAAAUGGGGAUUUGCAAAGCUAAUCUCCUAGUGUUCUAAGCUUCUUGUUUAAUAGAUUAAUCCACUUUUUCAGUGUAUUUUAACAGUUUUUAUGGUGCAUGGAUAGCUCCCUCUUGAACCUUUAGA